AUAACACUAUCUCCAAUCAUUCAUUCAACUAAAAAUAUUGAAUACAUCUCAUUUCUCAGUUAUUAUCAUACCUACCACUCUACCACGCUACACAGAGCAGAGGAAAUCCGCCAUGGAAAUACGCAAGGUCAACCCGCUUUGCUUCGGCCUCGUCUUCUUAUUCUGCUUCGCCGUCUCUUCCAUCUCCGGAUCGGAUCCAGAUUGCGUUUACACGGCGUACGUCCGAACCGGAUCGGUUUUGAAGGCCGGAACGGACUCGAUCAUCACCUUGACUCUCUACGACGCCGACGGUUACGGUGUACGGAUCAACGACCUGGAGGCGUGGGGCGGGCUUAUGGGCGAGGGCUACGAUUACUUCGAGCGGGGUAAUCUCGACAUUUUCAGCGGCCGCGGCCCCUGCUUGACCGGUCCGAUCUGCGCCAUGAACCUCACCUCCGACGGCUCCGGCCCGCACCACGGCUGGUACUGUAACUACGUCGAGGUCACCGUCACCGGCGUCCAUCAGGCCUGCAACCAGCAGCUCUUCACCGUCGAGCGGUGGCUCGCCACCGACACGUCUCCGUACACGCUCACUGCUAUCGUGGAUACCUGCUACCCCGAUCGCUCCCAGCUCGCCGCCGUCGACGGUGAGAAGACGAUUUAUUCCCAAAUAAUCGCUGAGAUUUGACUUUUGAGCGUUGUUGGGCUGUAGAGUGGCCCAUUUUUUUAUUAUUAUAUGAGUGUAUCAAUGUGUUCUAAUGGGCUAAUGCCUACUGGGCUUAUAGAUAUGGCUUGAUAUGGGCCUAGGAGCAUACAAGGCCCAAUGUCGUUCCAUAUCUAUAGGUGUUUUUUUUUUUUUUGUUUUUUUUUUUAAUGGUAAAAUAACGAAUGUCUCCCUGAAUAAGUAUGAGAUUUAUCUUUCACAAAUUGGAGUUUUUUUUUUUUUU